AUGGCAAAUCAGAUUCUGGCCGGUGUCCUUCAAUUAGAGCAGGUCCUGGCCACCGGAGAACACAGUGUCAUAUAUCAGUGCGCUGACUUACGGACUGGGAGUACAUACGCAUGUAAGAAGAUCUGUUAUUCACGAUUUGAUCAGCUUAAAGAAGACGCUCUUAACCACGAACUUGCUGUCGUGCAUAGAGCUAAUCAUGGAAAUGUGGUUGCAUACUUAGAUGUUAUACAUGAUAAACCAUGCCAAACAUAUUACAUUAUUAUGCCUUUUUACAGAUUUUACGAUCUAGGAACGCAAAUUUGUAAGAAAAUUGAAGAGGGCGGUCGUUUUGAAGAGGCAUGCGUUUGGCUAAUAUUAGUGCAGUGUCUUCUUGCUCUAGACUACCUUGACACGGAGCUCUCUGACGUCGACGCAGAUGCACGUCCCACAAAUAAGCUUGUCUUCGGAAACAUUCGGCCCACCAGUAUCUAUGUUGAUUUGCAAGGGAAUACGUACAUAAAUACAUUUAGAUUGUCAAAGUAUCCUUCGCUUUUGAAUGGCACUGCAGCUCCCAAGUUAGCACCAUACUGGGCUCCAGAGCAGCUCAUGAACUAUUCACAUAGUAGUAAGAUAGAGAUUUGGUCGCUAGGUUGCAUAGUUUACGAAAUGUGUCUCUUGCACAGUUUGUUCAGAGGCACAUGCGAAGACGUAUUAGAGCAAAUACAGAAGCUAAGGCGACCUGUCAAGCUGCCUAAUUACUCAGCACAGUUGGAGGAGGUAGUUAACAGCCUUCUAGAGCCGUCUCCAGACAAACGUCUCUCUGCAGCAGAGCUCCUCAAGCAUCCGACAAUCUUGGAGUACAAGCGCUUUUAUGAUGAGCAGAUAGUUUCUAGGAAGCUUGCCUUAGGGCACCAGCUUCCACGGAUGGGUCUUUGCAAAAUCUGCGGCGGGAAUGGAUUAGAUUGUUGCGAAAUAGUUCGACUUGCAGUUGCCAACAGCAAAAGGCUAUCUUAUAUAGAUGAGCAUGGGAAUCUUGUUUACGUAGAUACUCUUGCAGAGCAAAAGGCAGGGAUCGCCCGUGUAGCCAAUCAGCGAACUAUGGACCGCAUUUAUUCUGUGAUUAAUCCAGAUUCUCGGAAGGCAAAUUACUUCAAUAUUCAGCCAGUGACGAAGGAUAUGAUUCGAGCUAAGCAACAAGCCAGCUAUGCAUGGAAAUCUGCACAAGAUGAAGGUAGAACUAAAGGUGAAAACGCCCACUCUAUUGUAAUGAAUUCAAUAAAAGAUGGAUACAAGUACAACGAGCAGCGCAACUAUUUCCCCAAAGAAAGAUAUCGAGACCCAAACACAUAUCCGCUUACUAAUCUAGUUCCAGUAACGCUGAUCCAAUCUGCAGAGCAUAAGCAAGGAACGAGAUUGCAGUUAGCUUCUAGACAACGGAACGAGCUGGAUCAAUGGAGCUAUGAGGGACUAGACACAAUAAACUUCAAGACGCAAUACUCAGAGCAGCCGUCAUGGGCAUACUCCGGCAACACAGAUAUGAAGGAUGUACCCAGUAUCGUCUCUAAUGCAGAGGAGCGAGCAGUUAGGCAAGAUAAUAAUGAUGCACCUUCUUAUAAAGUAGGGCAUAGUAGCGGCUUUUCCAGCACUAUCGGCAAUUCGUCUUUUAUCGACGAGCUUCUCUUCCAGGUAAGGUCCGUAUCUCCACCUAAGCCGGUCUGUAAGGACUUCGUUCCGCUAGUGUAUGCGAAUUCUUCGACGCCUCCUCCCAGCUAUCAGUCGAUGAACAGUGUCCCAGUAACAAAGGUAACUACAGAGUACGAGCUCUUCCAACCGUCUAUUCAUACACUACUAAAUCCGUCAGUGAACCAUGCCAGUCCAGCAGACACAUCGGUACAGAGCGUAGCGCCUGUGAACAUUUCGGGGCCCAGCGCCCACAGAGAUGGGCCACAAGCGUUGCAGGCAUCAGGACUAGAGCCUAAGUCGUCUCUACUCGUGUCCAGCGCUGUACCAUCUAAGGCAUCCACAAUCUACAAGAAGGAACCGCUCUCCACUUCAGUCACUUCAGUAUACAAAGACUCUGCGCUCUAUGUCUCAUCUGUUAACCCAGCUAGCGAGUAUAUGCCAGAACAAAAGCAAAAGUAG